AUGGGUAUAGGGUCUCGACACGCCAUUCCGCUAUGGAUUCCUUACCCCAACGUUAAUCUCUCUGCACACCUUCGACCAAAGCAUUGCUCAGUUGGGGAUGUGGGAAUUCUCAGACAUGAUGGAUCUUUUGAAGUCGUGUUCAAUGCGCUUAUGUCGAGGGCAGAGAACGAAGAAAUGCACUACAAGAUCACACCAUCGUUUCAACCGCUAGUACUCCAGGUUGAGAGAGUCCCUCUUGUAAGUCAAAGCACUUCCUAUAUGACGAACAAUCUUGUGAGGUGCAAUGAAGAGGAAAUUGGUUUCCAAACAAUUCUCGUAAAGGGAAAGCACCAGACUGCCGCAUCCAUUCUCGUUUUACCGGACAACGCAAUCGUGGAGAGAUUGUCCGACUUGAAUAUAAGGUUGAUCAUCGAUGAAUAUGUGGCUCAGCAUUGCGUUUCCUGGUAUGAACUCCUCAACGGUACAGAUACGGGUGCUCGGAGGCGAUUUCCAAAUGGGACUCUGAAGAUGAUUGGUGCCUGUUAUAAAGCUAAGGUCUGGAGUGCGGCGUCAAUACCGCUGCUCAGCGAGGAAGAAGCAGCGUCUAACUUGAAGGCAAAGCUGUUGAAACAUUCCAGCUCGGAGUCGGAGAACAGUAUCUACACCUGGGAGGCCAAUCACACUUUCAAUACGAAUCGUGGGUCAUCGAACCCGAAGAUGAAUUAUCACUCCGAGUACAGUGUUGCAGUGGAGCUUUACACCAUCAAAAAACGUAAGCCAAAGUCAACAAGUUCGGGAACGUUGUUGCUAUCGUCUUUUACUUCAUCCGGGAUACAAGGUAGUAUGGAGUCGCAAGAGUAG